AUGAGACUCCCAGUAAAAGAAGAGAAAGAAAAGAGUGUACCCAAGAAGUCGAGUCCACCAAAGAAAAUGAAUAAUAGAAAGAGUUUACUUUCAAAUGGCACCACUGCUGCCAAAGCACCAACACCUCAAGUACAUUACUUUAAGGAUAUCGAAAGAUUGAAUAGUUCCACCAAUCUAUUAUCGCAUAAUCAAAAGAGUGAAGUUAAAUCAUUGGCUUCAUACUAUGAACAAUUAAAUAACAACAAAAAUCAAAAGGCAAAAUCAACUACUAUUGCUGCUAAGCCUGUUGUUGCUACUACCACCACCAGCACCACCACCACUGCUCCAGUUGUUGUAGCCACUCCAGUUGUGGUAGCUCCAGCUGUUGUUGCCACUCCAGUUGUAGCUGUCUCCCCCAAGAGAAGAAGAUCAUCAGCUGCAAAGGUAUCAUCUGCCACCACUACACCAUCAUUAAGCUCAACUGAGACUACUCCAUCACCAUUGUCACCAAAGGUAUCAACAACAUUGUCAUCGUCAUCGUCAUCGUCGUCAUCUACAAAUACAACACCAAAAAAAGAUAGUUCUUCAGCAGUUCCAGACAUGACCACAGCAAUCAGAGAAACCAUCGAUGUCUAUAGAAACAAGAUCACCGAUUUGGAAAAACAACUGGAACAUCAACACAAUGAAAACAAGUCACUCAAACAAGAACUCUUGCUGAUGAACGACGUCAAUGUCCAAGAGAUUGACCAACUCACCAUUGAAAGAGACGAGUUACAAUUGGAACUGGAAAAUGUUCAGGCUGAAAUUGACGAGGCCACCGAAGACCUCUACAAUGCACGUGGUGAACGCGACGUUCAAAUGUCACUCGUCAACCAAUACAAAAAGGAGUUACUGGAUUGCCAAACAUUGGUUGGAUACUAUCAAGAAGAGUUUGGAAAGAAGUGUGCCGAGAACAAUGAAUUGACUAGAAAGCUUACUACCCGUAGCGACGAGAUCAAACAAUACAAACAAAAGAUCCAAUCAUUUUUACAAUUGGUUGAUCAACAUGAUUCAAUUAAACAAAAUAUUACGGUUGACACCAGUAGUAGCAGCAGCAGCAGCAGCAGCGUUGUUGCUCUCAAUACAUCGUAUUCAAGUCUAUCAAAUAGUUCAUUGAUUAUCCCAUCUUCACCUUCCAAAUCAUCAACUCCCAACAAGAAAGAUACCACUUCAAUGAUCAACAACAACAAUAGCAGCAGCAGUAUCAAUAUUGUUGGCGGACCACUGUCAAAUAGUACCAAUCAACAAAGACCAUCAACAUCAUCAGGUAUCUCGACACCAAAAUCAGCAGCCAAGAAAAAGGUACCAACCACAUCCAACUCCAACUCUUCCUUCAAGUCACCAACCAGUAGUGUCAACCAACUAUCAAAGUCACAUAAUCGUACACCUAAAAAGAUUCUAUCUUCCCCAAGAUCAAUACUACAUUGCACCUAUCCUCCGUUCUACCUCAACCCCAAAGAAGAGACAACAACAACAAAGACAUCAAUCAAUUUCACCAUUCAUUGUGAAAACUAUCCUACAGGUGCACAGGUUUGGUCAACUUCAAAAGGAGGGAAUGGGCAUGGAUACAUGGGAAUAUCUACAAACAAAGAGGCGAUGACAAAAUGUUUGGCUUUUGAAAGCAAUACUAUCAAAUCAUAUAUUGCCACAAUUGAUUCAAAGCAAGAAUUGGAUUUUAUUAAAACCAAUUGGCCGGCAACACCUGUAUGGGUCUCUGGUAGAGACAUUGGAGGUAUUGGGAAUUAUUCCUAUUCAAGUGGACCUGGAACCAAUCAACCAUUAUUUAAUAUGUAUACUGGUCAAUGUUUUGGAUAUUGUCCAUUCGAUGCAGGUGAACCAUCUUUAACUCCUGCCGAUGGAAAGGAGAAAUAUAUUUACAUCAGAGGACCAACAUGGAAUUUCAAAAAUGCGGUGCUAAUGAUGUCGCAGGCGUUAUAUGUGAAUUGGUUGCAAUUUCAGAAGAACUCAGUCACUUGUAUAGUUCCACUAGGAUUUCAUGAUGUCACUGUUCAAGAUGCUAGUGGAACCAGCUCAACACACUAUGCAUGGCAACCAUAUCCACCAUUUAUCAAAGCUGUCUAUCCACCAUCAUCCCCAACCAAUGCAUUGGUUACAUUGAUUGGUAAUAACUUUGGUGACACCAAUGGUCUCGUAUCUGUCAGUGUCUCAACAUUAAAUAUUCCAUGUAUUAUUAGUUUUGCAUCAUCAAAUCAAAUUAUUUGUCAACUCGAAACACCUCUUGUUGGAGAGACCAAACUCCUUCCGAUUUCAAUUUCAGUUGACCAAGUUUACACUCAAACCUAUAAACCUCAUAUUUGUAUAUUUAAUUCAAUUCUAAUGCAAUACUCUUUUUCAAUAGUCUGUGGAGAUAGAUUCUUUUCAACCAUUCUAUGUGGUGGAGAUUAUGAAAGAGUCUAUCGAUUAAUGAUUGAUAAAGUAACAAUGGGUGCAACUUUCAAUACCCCUUAUGUUGGUGCAUUUGAAUCUCAAGAAAUUGGUCCAUACAAAGGAACACCUUCUCCUUUGUAUUAUGAUAAUAAGACUUCUGUCACACCAUCAGAUCAUAUUCUAUAUAAUAUUCAUAAUGGAAAGGUGGUCCCAUUCGAUACUAAAAAUGUUAAAUAUUACACUCCAUUGAUUACAUUUUAUACAAGUGAUACACCAAUCAUUAAUAAUGUUACCAAUAUUAUACCUGGACAGACAUCACAGGUUACAAUCAAUGGUAAUCAUUUUGGAAAAGAUGGUUCAUAUGUUUUGAUAACGAUUCAAUCAAAACAAUGCAAAUCACCAAGUUUUGUUGGAGAUGGUUUUAAACAAAUUACUUGUUUAUUGGACACUGUCCAGCCUUAUUCGACAGAUCUAAACUAUACAGUCCAAAUAGGUAUUUCUGGAAUGGUUACAACAAAAGUUGUAUCUCUUGCAAAAGAGUGUCGUAAGAACUUUUCCUCUCAUGGAAUAGGUAAUUCAACUUUUGGGACAUGCAAAUGUCAUAGUGGUUAUGAACCCCCAUUAGAUUGCUCAUCUUCGAUCGAUCGUGAUAAACAACUCAACACAACCGUUAUGAUACAACUCAACAAUCAUGCCAUCAAAAGUCACAAUCCAGAUGAUCCACUCUCUCAACAAACUGACAAGCAAGGGUUCAACCUUUUGACAACGUUUCACAUACCAAGGUUCAGCCACUCGGUUGAGCUAGAUCCGGUAUUCAACGCAGUCAUUCUUGAUGAUGACUCUGCCUUGCCAUACGAAUGCAUAGAGACUACAGAUUCACUCCCAAAAGUCAUCGUCUCUGUGCUUUUAUCGAUAUUCCUUCUCUCUAUUACAAUAGUGGCAAUCAUUGUAUGGAAGGUGGAACCCCCAACGAACAGACCAUAUAGAGAAGCAGUAGAAAUGGAUCCUAUUCCAAAUACUGACCAAGAAAACGCUGACCAACAACAACAACAAAAUAAUUAA